AUGCUACUUAGAAGAGCUGAUGGGUCUGUCAUAUUUGCAGCUUACCGGUGUAUCUUCAACUGCAAUGAUGCUUUGGAGGCGGAACUACAUGCAAUAAUGCAAGGGAUGGCACUAGCAAUCCAGCAUUGCAACUUGCCGAUCAUUGUUCAAUCUGAUUUUGUCCAAGCUCUUUUGUCUCUGACCGGCAAAAGUCUUUCCCGGUCGGCUUAUGGUCAUUUAGUUGCUGAGAUUCGUCUUCUUAUGGGUGAAAGAGAGUUUUUUCCUUUGAAAAUUAAGCGAGAACAGAAUAGGGUAGCAGAUCGUUUGGCUAUGUAUAGUCGUAUAGAGAGCACUACUGCUAUAUGGCUUGGGCAGGGCCCUCCUUGUAUUGAGGAGCUUUUGCCAUUUGAUUGUAACCCUAUGAAUAUGGAAUAA